CCGCGUCAGUUCCAACAUGGCGGCGCCCCAUGCCGUGGCAGGAGUGGAAGGAGGCAGCAGUGAAACAGGGCUGAUUCUGUCAGAUUCGUCCUCCGGGGAUGUGAAGAGACCUCAGUUCGGGACACGUUUCCUCACAGACCCGCGGCAGGUUUUCCAGCACAACGCAUGGGACAAUGUGGAGUGGACUGAGGAACAAGAAGCAGCUGCUAAGAAGAAAGUCUUGGAAAACAGUCAGCCACUGCCUCCAGAGAAACAAGAGGAGUAUGACAACCGGGCCAAUGAAUACUGGAACGAUUUUUACACAAUCCAUGAGAAUCGUUUCUUCAAAGACCGUCACUGGCUCUUCACAGAGUUCCCAGAAUUGGCCCCACAGUGUAGCCUGAACCAUGAAUCCCAUUCUGAAGCGUCUGUCACAGAUGCCGGUCAGCAGGACACCCUGGAUCAAGAACAAAGCAGAGAAGUCGCUGUGCCGCCUCACACUGACGGUGACUUUCCCGGCUCCUCUGCCACAUAUCGCAUUCUGGAGGUUGGCUGCGGUGUGGGGAACACAGUUUUUCCAAUACUGAAGACCAACAAUGACCCAGGACUCUUUGUUUACUGCUGUGAUUUCUCCAGCACUGCUGUGGAGCUAGUCAAGACUAAUCCAGAAUAUGACCCUGGGCGCUGCUUCGCCUUUGUUCACGACUUGAGUGAUGUGGAAUCUGAUUACCCUGUCCCCGAUGGAACCCUUGAUGUUAUAGUGCUAAUCUUUGUGCUAUCAGCAUUACAUCCUGACAAGAUGCAGGCGUCCAUCAGUAGGUUAGCACGGCUCCUUAAGCCAGGUGGAGUGAUGCUGCUCCGGGACUAUGGACGGUAUGAUAUGGCACAGCUCCGCUUCAAGAAAGGAAGGUGCCUGUCAGAAAACUUUUAUGUCCGAGGUGAUGGAACAAGAGUAUACUUCUUUACCCAAGAUGAGCUUCAUGAUCUGUUCACUGACGCAGGGCUUGAGAAAGUACAGAAUCUUGUGGACAGGAGGCUACAGGUGAACAGAGGGAAACAGCUCACCAUGUACAGGGUGUGGAUCCAAUGCAAGUACCGCAAGGCUCCGGUUCAGCCACCUGAGACGCUGGACUGAGACAGAGGAGAGAACCCACCUGGGCCUGACCUUCAACCACAACUGAAUCUAGGAGCAGAAAUCAAGGCGGUGCUGGCCUCUUUUCUGAGGAUGUAUGGAAUUGAGAAGCUCUAUUGUGAUUGUGAUAAAGGAAACGCAACUGGAUAGUUACAGUAUAUCCUGUAAAGACCUAUACUGUCUCAGCCACUGUGAUGCUGGUGGACUUGUUUUAUAGCAAGUGUUCCUGAUGGUGCUGCAGUCAUAGCUAGUAGAGUGAUGAUUUCCCAUUUUCUGCUGAUGAGUUAAGUGAUCUGAGAAAGGGCUGGUUACCUGAAACAAAUGUUUCUAUUCUGCCAGAGGUUGUUUUUAAUGAGCUGAUGUUUUGAUAUAAAUUGCAUGGUUUUAAAGAACACUUAAUAGCCUUUUUGUAUAUGCAAAAUGAAUAAAAAUCUAAACUGUAA